AUGGUAUUAACAGCACAUUACAUAGAUAAAGAUCAUAAUCGGUGUGCCAAGUUAUUAAGCAGCUUGCUGUACACCGGAUUAGAAUUAAACGCUUUAUUAAAAAAUGAAUUAAACAAGUGGGACAUAUUGGAAAAAAUAGAGGCUGUGGUGAGUGAUAUCAACUCAGCCAUCGGUAAAGCACUUACUAUCGGAGGAUGGUCUAAAAUAACUUGCUUUGCGCAUAUCUUAAAUCACAUCUUACUUUCUGGAAUUGGUGAACUCCAUGCAGCAGUUGUCAAAAUGAAACAAGUUGCAGAAAAUUAUGAAGAAAGCCUGCUACCGCCAGAGUUGAUACAAGAUAUGACGUACAGAUGGAAUUCGUUAUAUGAUAUGCUGAAUCGUAUCAUUGCAAGUAAGGACCAUCUCUCAGAAGAAGAUUGGGAGAUAGCAGAGCAUAGUCUACAAAUCCUCAAACCAUUCUACGAAGUCACUAUGGAAAUAUCUGCUGAUAAAUAUGUGUCAUUAUCCAAAAUUAUCGUGUACUGUCGCCUUUUAUGCCAACACUUGGAUAUGCAUAAACGCAAAGAAACAGUACCAAUUGUUAAAAAACUGAUAAAACAACUAAUAGACUCCAUGCAUCGAACCUUUUACAUCAAUCAUGAUGUGGAAUCUAAUCAACUGUACGCUGAAGCUACAAUCCUGGAUCCAAGAUUCAAGAAAAACGGUUUCAGCGAUCAAACAAAAUACCACAAAGCAUUGGCAAACUUAAAACAAACCUUCGAAGAAAACUGUGCACCGAUUCAAAAAACCCAGAACUUAUUUCCAGGAUCUAUAUGGGAGCAGUACAUCAUCGAAACCUCUGUCCCUGAAUAUGAUGGUUCAGGUGCUAAUGAAUUAUCGAGAUACAUCGAAGAACCAAUUGUAAGUCUUCAUAAAUUUCCAUUGAUGUGGUGGGUUUUAAACCUUGGGCGAAAACAGGUUUAUCCACAUUUAUAUGAAGUUGUGUUAAAAAGAUUAAAUAUUCCUGGAAAUUCUAUACCUGGUGAAAGAAUUUUUACAAAAGUUGCAAGGGAACUGAAUGAACGAAGGGCAAGUUUGGGGUCGAAAUAUUUGGCUGAACUGCAGUUUAUUGCUAGCAACGCAGAUUGA